AUGUAUGUAGAUGAUAUUUUGCUUGCCAGCAGUGACUUGGGAUUACUUCAUGAAACAAAGAAAAUGUUAUCUACUAAUUUUGAGAUGAAAGAUCUAGGAGAAGCUUCUUUUGUGCUUGGCAUUGAAAUAUGUCGUGAUAGAGCUCGUAGUUUGUUGGGACUUUCUCAUAAACCUUAUAUACGGCAUGUACUGCAAAGAUUUGAAAUGCAUAACUGUGCACCUGGUGAUGUAGCCGUCAUAAAAGGAGAUAAGUUUAACAAAACUCAAUGUCCCAAGAAUGAACUUAAAAGGGAAUCUGUAAAGAACAUACCAUAUGCUAGUGUUGUGGGGAGUUUGAUGUAUGCUCAAGUUUGCACUAGACCAGAUAUUGCCUAUGCAAUUAGUUUUCUUAGCAGGUUUCAGUCGAAUCCAGGGCAAGAGCAUUGGAAAGCAGCUAAGAAAGUUAUGAGAUACUUGAAGAAAACUGAAGGUUACAUGCUCACCUUCCAGCGUUCAAAUCACCUUGAGGUGGUAGGCUACUCAGAUUUUGAUUUCGCUGGAUGUCAAGAUGAUUUGAAAUCGACCUCAGGUUAUAUUUUUAUACUAGCUGGGGGUGCUAUUUCUUGGAAGAGUGUUAAGCAAACUCUGGUGGCAUCUUCUACUAUGUAA